CUAGCAUCCACUCACCAGCAAAUGAAAAUACCUAGUGUACGUUUACCUUCUCCAGCAUCCAUUUACCGCGCCACCUCGUAUCAUUCCCAUUUCAUCAACCCAUCGACCACCCCUGCGCACAAUGGCCUCGAAAACAGCUAAACAAUCCCUCUCCCAUCUCGAGCGAACUGCCGCCGAACCACGUGACGAAACACUACACCGCGUUCUCCUCACAAAUAUCGACCCCGUAAACCCCACCAUCCGACUCUUCCGUCUAUCCCCAGUCCUCGAGCCAGGAUGGAGACCCAUUACGUUCCUUCCCGGUCAAUGGCUGGACGUCUAUGUCCCCGGCAUCUCAAAAGCAGGCGGUUUCACAAUCACGUCCCCACCUUCCCUCCUCCAACCGCCGAGCAACUAUCUCGAACUCGCGAUUCAGAAAUCGCCUUCAAACCCACCUGCUGCGUGGCUAUGGCAAGAGGAAGAGAGGAUUUUAGGAAGCCAAUUGCAAGUCAGAGUUGGCGGAAGUUUUGUCUGGCCUCCGCCUUUACUGAGUAAUGGGGAAAGUGGGGUCGAGGAGAAAGGAGCAGGAAAGGCGACGAGAGUUGUGUUCAUCGCCGGUGGAGUGGGAAUUAAUCCUUUGAUGAGUAUUGUAUCUCAUCUUGAGCAGACGGCACGGGAAGCUGGCAAGCUAGGGCUUGUCGUGAAGUUUUUUUACACGACGCGGGAUCCAGGACCGCACACGAACCCGUCAGAAAUCUUAUUUUUGGAGCGGUUGAUAUCUGUGUUUGACACCUUAGGGAAUGAGGGGCAAUUCCAGCUGUUUCUGACUUCUGGUCAAAAUGGGGGAGAGGAAGUUCGAAGCGAGAAACACGUGGUAGGGGUAAAGGGGAUAGAAAUCCAGAGGAGAAGGAUACAUCAUACGGAUCUCCUCGAUGCUCUCGGGCCUAUAGAAGAAAGGAAGAGAACUAUCUGUUAUAUUUGUGGUAUUCCUACGAUGACAGAUGAGUUUGUUGAGAAGGCGAAGAACGCUGAGGGGAUGAAUGAAGCGAAUGUUCUGUCGGAGAAGUGGUGGUAACCGAACCCUACCUUGUGAGGAUUUGCUCUAGAAGUUGCGUCGGGGGUUGAUCCUCGUAACGUGGUACGGGGAGCAUUAUUAAAACGCUAAUUGAUCACGAGCAAUAGAAAGAACUCUGGUAUGGAUAACACGCUAUGCGUUUGACUUCAAAAAUUCAAAUAUUGUCUAGCUUCUUGCCUCCAGGACCCGCAGAAAUGCUUCCAACUUGAGCGCCCAUGCUCCCAAGGUGAAAACUACCAAAACUACCACCUCCGCGGCGAAGCGCGAGGCGGAAAUGUUCUCCUAUCGGUAUCACACCGUCAUCUAUACUUCCAUAUCAAACUGCCCGUCCCCCAAUCCGAACUGUAACAUCCACCCUCCCAUUAAUCGGCACCCUCCUAACCCUCAUUUCACUCCCGCCUCUUCCUCAACACCUAACCUCAUCUCA